AUCAAAAAGAGAAAGAGGCGGAGCCACAUCUAGCAAUACUAAAUACUGAAGAAAAGUAGAGCAGAGUCUGUCUGCUAUUGCGUUUGAGUUAAGCAGUACGAGUUGCGUUAAACUACGACGUCUGAUUUAGGAGUUGUUACAGCAAGAUACCAAACAAUUUCGACGUGAUAAACACAGUCGUUCUCUUUUUUUCGAAAUCAAAUAAAGUGUGCAUUUCACGAUGGUGAAGGUUUCUUUUAAUUCCUCCCUCGGGCAGAAGGAAGUGAAAAAGGACUGCGAAACCCUCAUUACCGAGGACAAGGAUCCGGAGGUGGCUCUGCCAGUGCGUCAGCAGUCCAAGGCCUGGUGCUGGUGCGUGUGCCUGGGCUUGGCCCUGAUGCUGUCUGGCGUGGUUGUGGGAGGGGCCUACCUUUACAGGUACUACAUCCUGGAGGAGGGCAGGGUGUUUGUGUGUGGGGUGAAGUACCGUGAGGAGGACAUUGUGAAGUACCAUGAGGAGACAAUGAUGAUCCAGGAGGAGGAGGAUGUGGAGCUGGACCUGCCCUCCAGCUUCAAGAUGAUCCAGGAGAACAUCCGCAUACUGGCGGACCAGGAUGUGGCUCUCAUCAACAUACCCGUGCCCGAGUUCGAAGACGGCGACCCCGCCGACAUCGUCCACGACUUCCACAGGAGACUGACUGCCUACCUGGACCUGUUCCUGAACAAGUGCUAUGUCAUCCCCCUCAACACGUCCAUCGUCAUGCCUCCCAAUGACUUCCUGGAGCUUUUGGUCAACAUCAAGGCUGGUGCCUACAUGCCCCAGUCCUACCUGGUCCAUGAGGAGAUGGUGGUGACAGAGCGCCUGGACAACGUGGAACAACUGGGAUUCUUCAUCAACAACCUCUGCCAGGGCAAGGACACCUAUAAGCUUCAGCGCAGAGACAGGAUCCUGGGUAUGCAGAAGCGUGAAGCUCUCAACUGCCACAAGAUCCGUCACUUUGAGAGCAAAUUUGUGGUGGAGACCUUGAUCUGUGAGCCCUAGUGACGUCUCCGUGGGCAAAGUGUGACAUCGUCUCUGUACAACCUCUUCAUUUCACUGGGAGCGCAGUUGGAGAUUUGCAAUCCUCACUUUCUGUUUUAAAUUUUCCCAUUUUGUUUUUCUACAUCAGGUAGUUGUGUGUGUGAUCAUUUUUAUGUGAAAUGGGGGAAUUUUGUCUCUGCUUAAAAUCUGUCAAUCAGUUCCGUGUUUUUUUUUCUUCAUUAUACAGGGAUGCAAUUAUUCGAUAGAGGGUUUCUAUUUUUUGGAGGAUAUAUUCAACGGCGGGACUGCUAGUUUUUCAAAAAUGUAAACCUCACUGAUGAUUUUGAGAUCUAUGUUAAGAUUUGAUAAUCUAAGUAAUCAAAGUAAUCAAACUGGGAUUAAGGGGCUUGAAGCAGAUCAUGUAUGGUAUAGUCAGAUUUUCUGAAACCGAGUCUAAUUUGUAUUUUUGAAUACAGAAACAAAUGUGCAAAGGCAUAGCAAAUGUAUAAUUUUGUACCACUGAACCUGGUUUAGAAGGGAAUAGUCCAGGGUGUUUUAUAGAUUUUACAUUUUCUGUUGAAACUGUUAAGAUUUCUUAACUGGAAAACAUCUUAAAAUAAGUGUGGAUAAAUGUUUUUAUUUCAUCUAGCUUUAAGAAUAGAUAAAUAUCAAGAUAGUUGUCUAUAUAAUUCAAAUCAGUUAUUUUUUUCUCAUACAACAAAGGAAAACACACUUUUUUUAUUUUGGAAUCAAAAUAUUUAGUUUAAGUUCUUUGUUUUUUUUCGAUAACUCCAUCUAUAUUACUAAUUUGUAUAUAACCUCUGUAAAGAUAUGACCAACACCACAAUAAAUCUUAAACCAGUACUACAGA